AUGACAAUCGCGCACUCAGAGCAGGAUGAGUACAACUUGCAGGAGGCAUGGGACCGGGUCUGCACCUCGUUCAUGCAGACCACCCACGCCGACCUCAAGACCGCCCCCACCAAAUACACCAUCGAGGAGGUUCUGGACCAGAUCCGCGCCAAGCAAGAUGAGGUAAACGAAAAGAAUGCCAAAUACCAAGAGCUCAAGACCGUAAUGAACAAGACGUUGACCUUUGUUGGACUGUUGGGUGGGAUUGCCGCACAAGGCGCGAGUAUGGUCUUCGCCCCCAGCAGCCUUUGCUUCAACGCGGUCGCAUACCUGAUCAACACCGGUGCCAGAUACAAGCGGGUUUUUAGCAGUUUGGCGGAACUCUUCCGGAAGGUUUCGGAUAUGUUGGACCGCCUCCAGAUCUAUAUGCGUGUGCCGCCCGAUGCGGUGGACAUUGCCCUGCGGAGGAUCAUCAACGACCAACUGCUUUGCUUUGUGGAUAUCUGUGCACUGUCGAUCAAGGUGCUGAAGAGGCACAAGGUUCUGAUCACUAUCAAGGUUUUCGCCUUUGGUGAGGAUGAGGGCGUAAGCGGGCAGCUGGCUCGGUUGGAAAGCCUGGUCGAGCGAGAAUCCCAGAUGCGGGCAACUCUGGGGAUUGAAUCGCAGAAGAUCAGCGAGAGGGGCAUCCUUGAGACUAAGGAGGGAACCAAGAAGAUCAAUGUCACCGUGACUGAAAUCUUGGAUUUAGAAAAGAAACGAGAUACAGAUCAGCACACGAAGAAGGAAUUGGAGGAUCUGGAUAGGACCCUCGACAGGCCGAGCGAAAGCUGGCGGUCUUCAAGGGACACUCCAAAAGACUUCCCGGAACUCAACCAGCUCACCAGGGCAUAUUGCUUACUCUGCGACGAGAAGGACUUCCACGACAUCCUCUUCACUUUGGCCCGGACGAACAUCGAAACCUUUGAUAUGGCCUGCAAUCACUAUCGCAUGUCAAUCGCCCAUGCGACAGAUCAGUGUGUCAAGGCCAAAGAGGCGGGUGACGACGAGUGGGCGGAGGUCCAGCAGGGCCGCCAGGGAACUCUCAUGUACUACCAUGCGCUGCUGCGCUACGAACACGCCAACCAGGAUGUUGCAAGUAGGAUGAAUGCCAUCGAGGAGUGGGAACGUCUCUGGCAAAUGGAACAUACGGACCCUCUGGAACACGUCUACUAUGCGGUGAGACGGAGGCUCCCCCUCGCCUACUUUCACGAAGCGCAGCAGCAGCAGCAAUCUGAACGCACGGAAGCCCUCUGGCUGACCAAACUGGAGCAACUCGCGGAGCUGAGCACCGCGGAGUACCUCACCUGGGCCGACAAACAGUAUCCCGCGCGGCUGCUCGCCCGUUACCAUGCCCUGCGGGGUGACUUGGGGAAAGCCCAAGCCGUGCUACGCGCCCACGUCAAGAUCGGCCUUGACAUCCUCUCGGACACGGACCCGCUGAACGAUCCGGACGGAUAUUUCCGUCUCGCGUUCCACUUCAUGCUCGUGGACUUGGACGACGAGGCCCUGGCGGCGUGGUCGAUGAUUGUCCCCAAGCUCCUCGGCGGAGCAACAGGAGAUAAGGAUGUUCAGAAUGGGAAGCUCGAGGGCCCUCUCCAGGCCCAGUGUGAUGGGAAAUGCGGGACCACCUGGUCGUACGCAAAUGACUUCUACGUCUGCAAAGAAUGUCAGAAUGUCCAAUUUGACCGAGCUUGCUUGGAGCGGUUGCGCCAGGGGACACUGGAGCUGUGUGAUGUCUGUGCGCCGGACCACGAGAUGCUGUACGUCCCCGCAUAUGAUCCGGCCCGACGGGAGAGGGUCGGUGAAGGCAAUAUUCAGGUGGGAUCCGAGCCUGCCAUGUCGGUUGACGAGUGGGUCGCGCGGACCAGGCAGUACUGGGGAAUUAAAUCCUGA